AUGAACGAUUGCUCCGUUACUGAAGAGGCAGCUCGGAUUCUGCAUGAGGUGCUCCUCAAUGACGUUCGUUUGGGUCUAUCCGCAUCCUUCAGAGAGGCAGCCAAGAAAGUGAAUUUCACGAGUGCGGAUCCGAGACCAUUUGUCUUGACGCCUGUCAAGUUCACCGAGUCAUCUUCCGCGCUGACGGCACUAGCUGCAACAGCCGCCAAUGUCAUCGCAUCAGAGCGCUAUCACAUCGACUACCAGGGUGUCGAAGUCAACACCGACCUCGCAACACUAUUCCUGGGCUCAGUCCUCCUACCAAUGGUUGGCGGCAAGUCCUUCAUGCAACAUGAACAGCUUGGAAAGGAGUUGGCUGCCAUGGACAUCCACGACAGCUCAGCGCAAAUCCAUCGGUAUGCGACAAAUGUCUACAAGACUAAGGAUGGUAGAUGGUAUCAUCUCCACGGAUCCAUGAAUGCCAAACCAACGAUGACCAUGCUCGGUAUCGAGGAAUCCGACGUCACAGCGGAUGAGGCAUUCAGGAUUUACUCCGAAAAGGUCGCGCAAUGGGAUUCUCGAGAGAUUGAGCAGGUGGCGAACGACCAGUAUCGACAAGCUGGCGUUGUCUGCCUCACUCCAGAAGAGUUCCAUGCCAGCGAGCAAGGCAGAGCCAUGGCCGAAAAGCCGCUCUGGUCAGUAACACCGAUCCCCGCACCUCGCAAGGCGUGGCCUCGUCACGAAGGCAACGAAGACCUCAAACCGCUUGCCGGGAUCAAAGUCUUGGACUUGUCCCGAGUCAUAGCUGCGCCAGCGGUCUCGAAAAUUCUGGCUGUUCUCGGCGCCGAGGUUCUACGUGUGUCCUGCGACACGUUGCCGGAGUACGCAGCUACCAUGGUCGAUUUGCAAACCGGCAAGAGGGACACAAACCUGAAUCUGAAGACGGAUGACGGCAGAGCCAAGCUCAGGGAACUGGUCAAGGAUGCAGACUUACUUGUCGAUGGAUUUCGGCCAACGGCACUAGCGAAAAUCGGUUUCAGCACCGAGGUGCUGAGGGCGCUGAACCCGAGCUUGAUCUAUAUGCGGGAGAAUUGCUACGGAUUUGACGGCCCCCUGGCCGGGCGGUCAGGGUGGCAGCAGAUCAGUGACUGCCUGGUAGGCCUCGCACAUGUGCAAGGAAAGUUCCUCGGGCUGGAUGAACCGGUUGUCCCGCUCCUACACUGGGCUCGUUGGUGCUGUUGCUGCAAUGCAAGCACUGCAUGCCAGAACACUUGA